ACCCAGGGCACAGCUCUCAGGUGCAGCAUUGUCCUUUCAACGUUUCGAAUCCCCCAAGCACUUCAAGCUGCCCAAUUUUGGUCCUCGACGACCAAACGAAGCAUCUCAAAAUGGCUGUCGAUCCAUUUGAUUCCGCUCUUGACCUCCUCCGAAGACUCAACCCAAAGCACACGACGGAGCAUCUCAACGCUAUUAUCUCUCUUGCACCCGACCUGACCGAAGAUCUCCUCUCCUCGGUCGACCAGCCUCUGACCAUCAAGCGUUGCAAACAGAGUGGCCGUGACUAUCUGCUCUGUGACUACAACCGUGAUGGCGACAGCUAUCGCUCCCCAUGGUCCAACCACUUCGAUCCUCCGCUGGAUGAGGCCGGUGCUGGUGGCGUAGGUGCCGGCGGUGUGAGUGAGGGAGCUGGCGAAGGGGCUAUUCCUAGCGAGCGAGUCCGCAAGAUGGAGAUCCGAGCCAACGAUGCCUUUGACGUCUACCGCGAACUGUACUACGAGGGCGGUGUGAGCAGCGUGUACUUUUGGAACUUAGAUGACGGGUUUGCCGGUGUCGUAUUAUUAAAGAAAUCUGCACCCCCAGGCGGAUCCUCAGACGGCGUCUGGGAUUCCAUUCACGUAUUCGAAGCUAUUGAACGCGGCCGCACGACACAUUACAAACUCACUUCGACUGUCAUCCUCUCUCUUGCUACAGCGGGUAAUGCUACGAGCAGCAGCUUGGGCGAGCUCGACCUCAGCGGUAAUAUGACGCGCCAGGUUGAACAGGACUUGCCUGUCGAUACUGAUGAGAGCCACAUUGCCAACAUUGGCCGUUUGGUGGAGGAUAUGGAGCUUAAGAUGCGCAAUCUGUUGCAGGAGGUGUACUUUGGCAAGGCCAGAGAUGUUGUUGGCGACCUGCGAAGCAUCAACAGCUUGAGCGAAGGUGCCAGGGAGAGAGAGGCACAGCGUGAAAUUAUCGGUAGUAUGAAGCGAUGAUCAUCUAGCAUAGUAGGCCCCCCGGCAUUCCAACUGCUGUCCAAGAAAGGCAUUGGUGUAAUGGAACAAAUGUUCGGCAAAUG